AAAACGUCACUUCGCCAUCAGUCGAAAAACGAACGUUUUUGUCAAAAUCGUGCUUCGCCGUCGCAACAUUUCCACUUCUAAAGUUCACGUUUUAAAUUCCAUUCCGCGUUUCGUGGCAAAUGUGCGAUAAUCUCCGACGGAAUCCCUUCACCCUCCGGUAGAUUACGGUGAUCGAGUUCCGGUCAGCUAGCUAACCAAUCAGCCAGAUUGAAGAUGGAUGUGGAAGAUGACGAAAUCGUGGAAGAGAUUCCCGUUUACUUCUCGAAGACACUGGCGGACAAUCUAUUCAUAUUGCAGUACCCAGUGAAGGCAUCGAAUGCCACCUUCGACGACGGUCAGGUCGUGAACAGCUGUGUCAAACCGAUCAAUCAGCAGAUAAAGGUGGAUUAUGCCCUGAAUACGGCGUCCAAAAACUACGAUUCCUUCAAGGGCGAACAGUUUGCCAUAGCCGCCGAUGGUAAGGAGAAAGAUCGGCAGCAGAAGCCUACCUUUCGCAGUGGUACCAUGGACAAGCAAUCGUUCCUCAGCUCGAAACCCAUCGAGGAUGUCAAUCGGUACAUGAUCUGCGCCAUGCAGGAUCGUGAAAUUCACGCUACCCCGCUGAAAGGGAUUGUCUCGAUGAGGCAAGUGUUUUCGUACUUCGACAAGCAGGACAAACGAACAAAGGCGGAACAAAAGGCUGAGCAGGAUGCGGACGGCGAUGAGGAGGAACUUAAACAGGUCACGGUCAAGUUCGCUCGGACGGAAAAUGAAAAAGUUCGCAAAGCGAGAGAAAAAUCCUUCAACUACAUCUCGAAGAUGGAAUCGGAGGAACCGUGGUGCGAAACGUUUUGGCACCGCAAGGAUAGUAGCUCCGCUGAGUUGGAGCGGCAAAGGUUGUAUGCGACCACCAGUAGCGGUAGCGGUAGCAAUCCGGCCGAAAACGAGGCCCUGAAUGCGGUUACCGCUGAUGAAUACCUUGCUAUGUUGAUUAGUAAGGAAAAAAGUGAUAGGAAUAUAGAUUCAAUGCUGCCAAGUCGGGUUGUUUGCAUGCACAAACUGCGCCAGAUGACCCUCGUCGAUCAGAUUAAAAUUAUUCUUAAGGAUGCUAAGGUCCUCACCUUCCAGCAGAUUAUGGAACUCUUACCGAACCGCACCCUCGCUGCGGAGAAAGUUCUCCGCACACUUCCGCUGGCCGGCGUACUGAUCCGGGGCAACUGGGUUGUCCAGUCAGAGAUCAUCUACCCGGAAGGUUCCGUAUCCGGUACCAAUGGCGUUCCGGCAGAGCAAAUGUGCAAAGCACGCGACUACAUCCUGUACCGGUUUACGCAAAGCGAAAAACUGGAACGGCACCAGCUAGCCUCAAUCACACAACUACCGACCGAGGAAAUCCGCGAGAUCCUGUGCUCGGUAGCUCGACUGAACGAUGAUCGCAGCUGGAGUUUGCUGCUGCCUCCGAACGAAGAUUUCAGCGGGAGCACCGGCGAGCAGGAAAUUAGUGAUAGGCAGAAUGCUUUCUGGACGGCUAGGGCCGAAAAAUUCAAUGAAAUGGAAAAAUCUAGCACCAGUAAACGGGUGCGGAAAAAGUCCGCCCGAUCAGAUAGCAAGUAUGAUGUCAAAAUGAGCAAUGGGUAGCGAACGGUGCGGAAUCAUUAGCCAUUACGUUACGACAUUUUAUUUUUAUUUAUAACUAUUGAAACGGAAAAUAUAUUGUAAGUAUUUCGAGUUACGUGUAACUGACCACAGUCUUAAAUUGCCUUACCAAGCAUCCGAACAGUUGCCUCAACAAUUUGGUGCUGCAGUUGAUUUCGAUUGGCGAUCGUAACGUGGAACAGCUGGACCCCUCGAACCUUUUUCAAACGUUCCACAAUGUUCAGUGUUGCUUUCAGUGGAAUAGUUGCAACGAAGAACAACUUCUCAUGACGCUCGACGCUGCCCACAAUUUGUUU